AUGAAGAAGUUGGCGAUCGGAGGCGAGCCGAAGCCGCCGAAUGGCGUCGCCGCGCCGACAAUUGUCGUCAGCGAUGCACCCGAGCUCGCCGGCGGAGUGCCAUCGCCCUCAAUGAAGGGGGCGGGAUCAGACCGGUCCGACGAUAGGAGGAAGGCCGAGAAGAAGGAGAAGAUCGAAAGGGAACGAUUGGAGAAGUUGGAGAGGAAGGAGCAGAAGAGGCUGGAGAAGCUGGAGAAAGAGCACAAGAAGAGUCCCAAGGGAAGCGAGAUCGGCAAGGAAGGAAAGGACGGCGGAGGGAAGGUGGUGGAUCGAUUUCUGGGAUCGAAGGUUGCAAUGGAGAAGUUCUUCAAGAAGAAGGUCAAAGAGCGAGAGGAGCGCAAGGAGAAGGAGAAGGAAGAACGUGAGCGAGAGCGCAUCCUAGCUGAGGAAUUAUCCGCCAGCGGCGAUGAGGGAGGCGAGGCGUUAAAGGACAAGAAGAAAAAGAAGAAGAUGAACAGCAAGAUCAGCAAGGGCUACUCCUCGGAGGGCACGAGCAGCAACGAUGAGAAUGGCGGGGAUGGCAGGAAGAAGAAGCGGAAGACCUUCUCUACAGGCAGCGGCAGCGCCUCAUCGACCAGCUCGUCGCCAUCUUCAUCCUACACAUCUCCGUCGCCAUCACCAUCCACAACGCCCGACAAGGAGAAGGACCCAAUGGAGCGAGAAAGUGAGCGAGAGGACGAGAAGGAAGAGACCACGGAUUCAGAUGAUUCGAGUAGCAGCGAUGACUCCGAAUCCGAGGAGGAGAGCGGCCAAAGGGGGCUUCUCCACCCGAACAGUGGCAGCAACAUUGCCCUACGGCAGCAGCGGCGACGAAAGAAGGAUUGGACAGUCUCUCAGGAGUUCCGAGUUUUAGCUCUGGAGACGGAGGAGAAGCAGAAGCCAGACUUCUCCUUCGCCCUGCAACACAAGAACAGGGGAGGAGACACGGACUACAUCAACGCCAACUACAUUCAGGGUGAGCAGACGCAGUAUAUUGCUGCCCAGGCUCCUCUGCCGAACACGUUUAGCGAUUUUUGGCUGAUGGUGUGGGAGCAAAAUACUCGCGUGAUAAUGAUGCUUACGAGGUUGACCGAAAACGACAGAACAAAGGCCGAGAUAUACUGGCCGCGCAAGGGUCCACUGGGGAGGGCGCGAGGCAGCUUCUCUGGGGAGGACGGUGGGUGGAAGCAGUACGGCAAGAUGAGGGUCAGCCUGGUCAAGUCCACAAUACAGGAGGGCGACGAAGACGUUACGAUUCGUCACUUCCGCCUACGAAACGACGAAGAGCCCGAUGUGGAGCGGCAGGUGAUUCAGAUUCACUUCACGGGAUGGCCCGACUUUGGCGUUCCUCAAAACACCAAGGCCUUCACCCAGUUGCUCGAGUUGAUGGAGAGCUUCAACAAGGAGCCAACGAUCACCGGAAGCACGGAGUCCAACGGACCCAUUGUACUCCACUGCAGCGCCGGUCUGGGGAGAACGGGCACCCUCAUUGCAGCCCACAUCGCGGCUGAAAAGCUCAAGCUCAAAACGGUGAAGAGUAAGGAGGACAUCGAUAUGAAGGCCAUCGUGGCUGUUCUGCGAGAACAAAGGCACACAAAGUGUCAGUACAAGUUCCUUCACGACCUCCUCAACGACCUGUGA